AUGAGGAAGCCCGGGUUCUGGGGGCUGCUCUGGAUGCUCUUCAUCUCAGAAAUCCAAGCUGCAGUUGAAUUACCUGAGGAAAAGUACACUCUAGAAGAGGGCCAGACCUUGAACGUGGACUGCCCCGUCGCCGUCGGGAUGUUUUCCAACAGCCGGAAGGCUUGGCAGAGGCUGAACGAUAAAGGGGAGGUCCAGACACUGGCAAUCACAGAGAGGGUCUCAGAGGGCUUGAGUCAAGUGCAGGUGGGGAAGUAUUUCCUAAAAGACAUGCCCAGUGAAGGCAUACUGCUUGUACAAAUGACGAAUCUUCAAGCAGAGGACUCAGGACUGUACCGAUGUGUGAUCUACCAACCUCCCAAGGACCCCAUCACCCUGUUCUACCCUGUCCGCCUGGUGGUGGCCAAGAAUCCUUCAGAAACUCCUGCCUCAGAUGAGAAUCCUAUCCAGAUAUCGGCUCAGAUUUCCACCCUUCCUCCUAUCACCACUGAGAACUGGAGCAAGCUCCAUCCCAGCCCCAGGACUGUGACCCAACCCUUCUCAGUGUCAACUGCCAGCGUCUCCUCUCCUGGCCUUACAGUCACCCCCACAAAUGUGACAGAUGUCACCAGGGACCUUGGGAUCAGCAUCCUCAUUCCCGUGGCAUGUGGACUCCUGAGCAAGAGCCUCGUCUUCAUUGCUCUGUUUGCUGUCACACAGAGGUCAUUUGCACCCUAGGCGCAGGA